AAUAUAUCUAUAACUGAUGAAUCUGUUAGACAUGCUGAAACAGCUUCUUCUUCUUCAACUCCUUCCUUUAUAGAUAGGAUUUUUGAACAAAGUGAAAGUCAAAUUAAUCAUGAAAUAGAAAUUGACAAUUAUCUGAACAUAUCUAUUACACCAAUUCCACCCAAAAAUACUGAUGUUUACCAAUGGUGGA